GAGAGAGAGAAGGAAAGAGAGAGAGAGAGAAGGAAAGAGAGAGAAGAAGAGAGAGAGAGAAGGAAAGAGAGAGAAAAGGAAAGAGAGAGAGAAGGAAAGAGAGAAGGAAAGAGAGAGAGAGAAGGAAAGAGAGAGAAGGAAAGAGAGAGAAGGAAAGAGAGAGAAAGAGAGAAGGAAAGAGAGAGAGAGAGAAGGAAAGAGAGAAAAAAAGAGAGAGAGAGAAGGAAAGAGAGAGAGAAGGAAAGAGAGAGAAAAGGAAAGAGAGAGAGAAGGAAAGAGAGGGAAAGAAGGAAAGAGAAGGAAAGAGAGAGAGAAGGAAAGAGAGAGAGAAGGAAAGAGAGAGAGAAGGAAAGAGAGAGAGAGAAGGAGAGAGAGAGAGAAGGAAAGAGAGAGAGAAGGAAAGAGAGAGAGAGAAGGAAAGAGAGAGAAAGAAGGAAAGAGAAGAGAAGGAAAGAGAGAGAAGGAAAGAGAGAGAAGGAAAGAGAGAGAGAGAGAAGGAAAGAAGAGAGAGAGAAGAAAGAGAGAGAGAGAAGAAGAGAGAGAGAGAAGGAAAGAGAGAGAGAAGGAAAGAGAGAGAAAAGGAAAGAAGAGAAAAGAAAGAGAGGGAAAAAGAAAGAGAAGGAAAGAGAGAGAGAAGGAAAGAGAGAGAGAAGGAAAGAGAGAGAGAAGGAAAGAGAGAGAGAGAAGGAAAGAGAGAGAGAAGGAAAGAGAGAGAGAAGGAAAGAGAGAGAGAGAAGGAAAGAGAGGGAAAGAAGGAAAGAGAAGGAAAGAGAGAGAGAAGGAAAGAGAGAGAGAAGAAAGAGAGAGAGAAGGAAAGAGAGAGAGAAGGAAAGAGAGAGAGAGAAGGAAAGAGAGGGAAAGAAGGAAAGAGAAGGAAAGAGAGAGAAGGAAAGAGAGAGAGAAGGAAAGAGAGAGAGAAGGAAAGAGAGAGAGAGAAGGAAAGAGAGAGAAGGAAAGAGAGAGAGAGAGAAGGAAAGAGAGAGAGAGAAGAAAGAGAGAGAGAGAAGGAAAGAGAGAGAGAAGGAAAGAGAGAGAAAAGGAAAGAGAGAGAGAAGGAAAGAGAGAGAGAGAAGGAAAGAGAAGGAAAGAGAGAGAGAAGGAAAGAGAGAGAGAAGGAAAGAGAGAGAAAGGAAAAGAGAGAGAGAAGGAAAGAGAGAGAGAAGGAAAGAGAGAGAGAAGGAAAGAGAGAGAGAGAAGGAAAGAGAGGGAAAGAAGGAAAGAGAAGGAAAGAGAGAGAGAAGGAAAGAGAGAGAGAAGGAAAGAGAGAGAGAAGGAAAGAGAGAGAGAAGGAAAGAGAGAGAGAGAAGGAAAGAGAGGGAAAGAAGGAAAGAGGAAAGAGAGAGAGAAGGAAAGAGAGAGAGAAGGAAAGAGAGAGAGAAGGAAAGAGAGAGAGAGAAGGAAAGAGAGAGAGAAGAGAGAAGGAAAGAGAGAGAAGGAAAGAGAGAGAGAGAAGGAAAGAGAGAGAGAGAAGAAAGA